CCAUCCGAAAGAAUCCUAAAAAGUGGAAACCAGCAAACAUGUCAGCCAUCGAAGAACUCCAGGCUAUGUUAGCCCAAAUGAAAGAGGAACUGGCCCAGCAACGUAUGGAAAAUCAAAAGGCUCGUCAGCGUAUUGAAAAAAUGUCUGCCGAAGUUGUGGACUCAAAUCCCUAUAGUCGCCUUAUGGCUCUGCAACGUAUGGGCAUUGUGAAAGACUACGAACGGAUACGUGAGAAAGCUGUUGCCGUUGUGGGUGUUGGUGGUGUGGGCAGUGUCACCGCCGAUAUGUUGACCCGUUGUGGUGUGGGAAAAUUGAUUUUAUUCGAUUACGACAAAGUUGAAUUGGCCAAUAUGAAUCGUUUGUUCUUUACACCAGAUCAGGCUGGUCUAUCCAAGGUGGAGGCAGCAGCUAAGACGUUGGCUUUCAUUAAUCCCGAUGUUAGCAUUGAAACACACAACUACAAUAUUACAACAGUAGAUUCCUUUGAUAAAUUCCUUGAUACCAUUGCCCAUGGAGGUCUGCAAGCCGGACAACCUGUUGAUUUGGUGUUGAGUUGUGUUGACAAUUUUGAGGCGAGAAUGGCCAUAAAUACAGCUUGCAAUGAACUUGGUUUGAAUUGGUUCGAGUCGGGUGUAUCGGAAAAUGCUGUCUCGGGACACAUACAAUUUAUACGCCCAGGUGAAACAGCUUGUUUUGCAUGUGCUCCACCCUUGGUUGUGGCUGAAAACAUUGAUGAGAAAACUCUAAAACGUGAAGGUGUAUGUGCUGCAUCCUUACCCACCACAAUGGGCAUUACUGCCGGCAUGUUGGUCCAGAAUACAUUAAAAUAUCUGCUUAACUUUGGUGAAGUUUCCGAUUAUUUGGGUUAUAAUGCCAUGAAUGAUUUCUUCCCUAAAAUGACAUUACGACCAAAUACCCAAUGUGAUGAUAGACAUUGUAUAGCAAGACAAAAGGAAUUUGCUGCCAAACCCAAGCCAGUCAAGGAAGAGGUGGUCGAUGAAACGAAUGAACAACUUCACGAUGAUAAUGAAUGGGGUAUUGAAUUGGUUGAUGAUUCUCAGCCAGAGGAAGCAACAACAGCGGCGGCUCCAGCUGCAAAUGUUACGGAGGGUUUGCGUUUGGCAUAUGAGGCUCCGGUGCAAGAUGAGACAGCCAGUGCUAAUACCGUCUCAGCAGCUGAUGUUAAUCUGGAAGAUUUAAUGGCUCAAAUGAAAUCCAUGUAAAAGUG